AUGGACCAGUCCGUCGGAAGAAACCCAACGUCAUUUCUUUUCUUUCUUUUCUACUUUUUUCGCACUCUCUCUUUAUUCCUGUUCUUUCUUUUUAUAUGUUUCUUUCUUUCGAUUUUCUUUUCUUUCUUUGUAUUUUUUUAUUAUAAAAAAUUAUUUUCUUUCUCCUUUCUGUUUUUCUUUUGUCUUCUUUCCAUUCUUUAUUUUUUUCUUUUUCUUUUCAAUUUUCGCUUUUUACUUCUUCCUCUUUUUCUUUUUGUUCUUGAUGCUAUUUCAUCUUCUCUUUCUGUCACUUUUCUUUCUUCUUUCUUUCUUUCUUCUGUUUUUCUUUUUCUCUUUCUUUCUUGUUUUCUAUCGUUUUCUUAUUAUCAGUUUCAGUUUCGAACUUUCGUUGUUUCUUUUUUUCCUUUUCUAUGUAUUUUACUUUCUUUUCUUUUCUCUUUUCUUUCUCUCUCUCUUUUCUUUCUCUCUUUCUUUCUUUCUUUCUUUCUUUCUUUCUCGUUUUCUGUCGUUUUCUUCUUAUCAGUUUUUACUUUCUUAUUUUCACCUUUCCCUUUCCUUUCUUUGCAGCGUAUUAUAAUUGUUCUCUUUCUUUUUUCUUUCAUUCUUUCAUUCUUGUUUUCUAUCGUUUUCUUCUUAUCAGUUUUUACUUUCUUUUUUCUUUAUUUUCUGCGUAUUAUACUUUAUUUUCUCUUUUCUCUUUCUUUCUUUCUUUCUUUCUUUCUUUCUUAUUGUCUAUCGUUUUCUUCUUCUCAGUUUCUUUCUCAUUUUCACUUUUCUUUCUUUUCUGCGUCUUAUUCUUUCUUUUUUAUUCUCGAUUAA